AUGUCCCAAGCACAACAACAAAACCUUACAGAAGGUGGUAAUACCGCUUUCCACAACUUCGUUAACGAUUUUGCACACAUCGAUGAUCCCUUAGAGAGAAGAAGACUCGCUUUACAAAAAAUUGACGAGGCCGCUUUCGGCUGGUACCACAUCAAGGCCAUUCUAGUUGCGGGCGUCGGCUUCCUUACUGACGCCUAUGACAUUUUUGCUAUCAACUUGGGUGUCUCAAUGAUGUCUUACGUCUACUGGCAAGGCCACAUGCCUUCGUCCACCACUACUUUAUUGAAGGUCUCUACGUCUGUCGGUACAGUCUUUGGUCAAGUUGGCUUCGGUACUUUAGCCGACGUCGUUGGUCGUAAGAAAAUUUACGGUUUAGAAUUAAUUGUCGUCAUUGUCACCACUAUCUUACAAUGUACUGCCGGCCAAUCUCCAGCUGUAAACUUCGUCGCUAUUCUAACAACCUACAGAAUCGUCAUGGGUAUCGGUAUCGGUGGUGACUAUCCAUUGUCUUCGAUCAUCACUUCCGAGUUCUCGACUACAAAAUGGAGAGGUGCCAUUAUGGGUGCCGUCUUUGCCAACCAGGCAUGGGGUCAAAUCCUUGGUGGUAUCAUUGCAAUCAUCUUGGUCGCCGCUUACAAAGGUGACUUAGAAGGUGCCAAUACUGGUUUGGAAUGUGGUUUGGAAUGUCAAAGAGCCUGUGACCAAAUGUGGAGAAUCUUGAUUGGUUUUGGUGCUCUGCCAGGUUUGAUCGCAUUGUACUUCAGACUAACCAUCCCGGAAUCCCCAAGAUACCAUUUGGACGUUAACUUGGAGUUGAACCAAACUUUAACUGCUGGCAGUGUUGAUUCAAUCCCAACCGACGACGAAAAGAAACCACAAUUCAACACUACUGUCCAUUCCAUCGGCCCAGAACAAACUACAAGAGAUAUAGAAAAUCUAGAAGGUAAAAAACCAAAGGUCUCAUUCAGGGACUUCUGUCAUCACUUUGGUCAAUGGAAAUACGGUAAGAUUUUACUAGGUACCGCCGGUACUUGGUUCAUGUUAGAUGUCGCUUUCUAUGGUUUAGCUUUAAAUUCAGCUGUCAUUUUACAGACUAUCGGUUAUGCCUCCUCAAACAAUGUUUACCAAAAGCUAUACAACUCUGCUGCUGGUAAUUUGAUUUUAAUCUGUGCCGGUUCCUUACCAGGUUAUUGGUGUUCUGUCUUCACCAUUGAUAUAAUCGGUAGAAAACCAAUCCAGAUCAUGGGAUUUGUAUUAUUAACUGCUUUAUUCUGUAUCAUUGGUUUUGCGUACGAUAAAUUAUCAGACAGUGGUCUAUUAGCAUUAUAUGUUUUAUGCCAAUUCUUCUGUAACUUCGGUCCAAAUGUUACCACUUUCAUUAUUCCAGGUGAAAUUUUCCCAACGAGAUACAGAUCUACUGCCCACGGUAUUUCCGCUGCCAGUGGUAAAAUCGGUGCCAUUAUUGCUCAGACUGCUUUAGGUACUUUAAUCAGUCACAACUGUGCCAGAGAUGGUAAACCAGAAAAUUGUUGGUUGAAACAUGUUAUGCAAAUCUUUGCUUUGUUCAUGCUUGUCGGUACUUUGCUAUCUUUCUUAGUCCCAGAAACUAAGAGAAUGACUUUGGAGGAAAUCGCUGAGAAAUAUCAUGAUGAAGUUGAUCCAUCUAAAAUGAGAAGAGUCGAAAGUUCUGAAAAUGAAUCUGUCGACGAACAGCGUAUUCAUUCUGAAAGCGUUUAA